CUUAAUAUUCAUGAGCUGCUAUCGGGGCUUUAAGUCGUUGAUUAGGACAGCAGCACAGCUUUCCGUCCCAACUGCCUGGCUGGCUGGCUGUGUGUGUACCUAUAGCCCCCUCUCCCUGGCUCUCACAUACACACACCGCGCGCACACACACACACACGCUUCCUCACAUCUACACUCACACACGCAGAGCUGAUCAGUGCAGGCAGCGCAGAGCCUGGUAAUUGUAUUGCUCCCUCCAAGCGGAAGGAAGGACCGAGAGAGAGGGACACUGGAGAAAGAAGAGGAGGAGAGAGAGGAGAGAUAUAAAAACUUUGAUUUUUUUAUUUUUUUAAAUUUUCUUGUUUUUUCCCUGGAGGAGGUUGACAUGACAAUGACCCGGUAUCGCCGAUGGAGUCGGUAGGACACCCGUUAUCCGAGUGUUUUUUAAUGCACUCUGAACAAGAGUAGAAUGAACUUAUCGAAGGGGCCAUUGGUGAACAGCAGCAGUGACGAUAACUCCAAGUCAACCUAUAGUAAAUGCGGUGCUGGCGCCUGGAGGAUGCACCAGAGCUACGAUCCACUAGAGGCCAACCACAUGAGAGACGCACAUGCCCUCUACAACCCCAGGCUUCUCUGCAGAAUGUCCAGUAAGGAGCGCCACCUUGAGUCCAACUGUCCGUCCUCUUAUAUAAAGACUGAGCCGUCUAGUCCUGCCUCCCUGACUGACAGCCUAAACCAUCACUCCCCUGGUGGCUCCAGUGACGCCUCAGGCUCCUAUUCGUCCACAAUGAACGGCCACCCCAACGGCUUAGACUCCCCGAGCCUUUACGGCUCCAACGCAGGGCCCCUGGGUCCCGCUGGUGGCCCCGGAUCAAAGCGUUACGAGGACUGUUCGUCAACUAUUGGGGAAGAUUCGCAGAUUAAGUGCGAGUACAUGUUGAAUUCGAUGCCCAAGAGGCUGUGUCUGGUGUGCGGGGACAUUGCGUCAGGGUACCACUAUGGAGUGGCAUCCUGUGAGGCCUGCAAGGCCUUCUUCAAACGCACCAUCCAAGGCAACAUAGAGUACAGCUGUCCAGCCACCAACGAGUGCGAGAUCACCAAGAGGAGACGCAAGUCGUGCCAGGCCUGCCGCUUCAUGAAGUGUCUGACUGUGGGCAUGCUGAGGGAGGGUAAGGGAAAAGGUGUUCGUCUGGACAGGGUUCGUGGUGGGAGACAGAAGUACAAACGCCGGAUAGAUGCAGACAACAGUCCAUACCUGAACCCACAGCUGGCUCUGCCUCCCAAGAAGCCAUUUGCCUUUGGCUGCCUUGCAGAUAACAAAAUCGUCUCUCACCUGCUGGUGGCCGAGCCAGAGAAGAUUUACGCCAUGCCUGACCCAACAGUACCAGACAGCGACAUCAAGGCCCUGACUACGCUGUGUGACCUGGCGGACAGAGAGCUGGUGGUCAACAUCGGCUGGGCCAAACAUAUCCCAGGGUUCUCUACGCUGUCUUUGGCAGACCAGAUGAGUCUACUGCAGAGUGCAUGGAUGGAGAUCUUGAUCCUACGUGUUGUCUACCGCUCACUGUCCUUUGAAGACAAGUUGGUGUAUGCAGAGGACUACAUAAUGGACGAGGACCAGUCGAAGCUAGCCGGACUUCUGGACCUGAACAAUGCCAUCCUCCAGCUGGUGAAGAAAUACAAGACUAUGAAGCUAGAGAAGGAGGAAUUUGUCGCUCUCAAGGCCAUCGCUUUGGCUAACUCAGACUCCAUGCACAUUGAGGACGUGGAUGCAGUGCAGAAGCUCCAGGAUGUGCUCCACGAGGCCCUGCAGGACUACGAGGCUUCCCAGCACCAGGAGGAUCCCCGCCGGGCGGGCAAGCUGCUCAUGACCCUCCCCCUGCUCCGCCAGACCUCCACCAAGGCCGUGCAACACUUCUACAGCAUCAAGCAGGACGGCAAAGUCCCAAUGCACAAACUCUUCCUGGAGCUGCUGGAAGCCAAGGUCUGAGGGCGGGAGAAUAGACGGAAGGACAGCUAGACGCCAGUCUGAAUCUCACUUUGAAUGACCUCUUGCUCUUUUACACGCACACACUCUUUACACACAUGCGCGCACACACACAGAAACAUGUCCCUGAAGUAUGUCUGCUGACACAUCCAACUAUGAACAAACAAGUAACCUAAACCUCUUACCUGAACCCCUGAACUUUCGCUGUCUUUGACAGAAGGCCGCUCACUUGACCUUUUGUUUUGGGGAAGAAGCUGACAGACUGACAUGACCCCCGUAUUACCAAGGCAAGAAGAUAUUUGGUUUUAAAACUAUUAACAAUCACUCAACAGUUACCACAGUGGCUCCGAACAUUGAAGAUGGCAAAACUCUUAUGCAUUUAAUAACAGUUAAGAUGUUAUUAAAGACAAACACUUAAAUGAGGACACAUUUAAAAGAAACUGAAAACUCUUCAUUUUAGUUCAGAGAGACUGUAAGACUGCACUCGUGUCUCCUUUUCCCUCCCUAUUUCCCCCAACAGAGUUUUUUAAGUGUUCAAGAAGAAGACGAGUGGAGAAAAAAAAAAGAACACUAAAGAAGUAUUAAUGACGUUUGUUGUCAAAUUACAUGUACAAUGAAAUUUGGAAGGAUGGACAGAAAGAAAAGAAGAGGAGAUUUGCCCUGCCAAAGAAUGGAGCUCAUCCAUUCAGAGGAUGCCAGCAAACUUUACUGUCAUAACCCAAAACUGUUUCUGGUUUGAUCAACCGGUGGCUUUCAAUGCUGGGCCUCAAGCUGGUUUUCUGCUCCACCCAGAAAAUGUUUCUGGUUGUUAUGAAAGCCAGCAGGGCCAGGACCAGGAUUGGAAACCACUGCUGUAAACACUCUCUGGUUCUCCCUAAAUUCAGUUCCUGGUUUCCCAUGACUCCCGUACAUCAACUACAAUUUUACUAUUUGUUGUAUAUGUUGAGGAUCAGUGACCCUGGCCUCCCAAACCUGUCAGUAUAACCAUAGAAUAAGUGUUUGCACACUUAAUGUGGCUGAAAAUGUUUCCAAAUAUUCAAACCGCUUGAGGUGUGAUCGACUGACAGAGUCAAAAGACUACUCAACACAAUAAGACGAUCUAUACUGUCAAGAAUGGAUUCCUGCUUGUCCGACUGGUAAACGUAGGCUGAGUCCACAUUCAUUCUGUCAGACACUCCUCUUGUGUUUGGACGUCUGUUUAAAACCUUUUCAGCUGCUCAGUGGCCCAGGUUUGUAGCUCUCCACACAUAAGUCAGUAGAGAUUUCAGUCUGUCAAUGUGCCAUUAAGAAUAGUCCAGCCUGUGCUCUUUACCCAAACUCCAAAAACUGCAAAGUGUCACUUCAGUACUCCCCUCGUUGCUCCGUUACAUUCACAACUUCCACCUCAUCUCUCGUGUCAGCACGGAGAUAUAUUUGUGAUCCAUUCAGGGAGUGACGGGGGCGCUUCAGUCACUCAACGCAAUACGAACCAGAAGGAAAAUGUGUGCUGACAAAACUGACUGAAGAACAACUAUUGUUGCUUUCAAACUCCUUUUUUUUUAUUUCUCUCUUGAAAAUAAUCUUAGCGAUGAUACCAGUAUUAGGGUUGUAAAUAACUGUCAUCCUGUAUAUGACAUAUAACACGGCUUUGUUUUUGUUAAUAAUAUUGUCUUCUUAAAACUGAAUCAAUCAAUAUGUCUUUCCUUUUUUCUAUCAGCUUGACCACUUUCAGCAAUUAUCAUAUAUAUAUAAAUAUAACAAGUAAUAAUGUAUUAACAAAUCAGCGUUUAUCUUAGAGAAACUCUGAGCAAUAGUGGUUUUUAAAGGAGGGGUUUGUGCAUAUGGACUAAGUCUGCAAUAUAAACAUAACGUGCCAGUCUUAAAUUUGGGAGAGAGAGGACGGGGAUUUGAGGAGAGUUUGUAGCUUCUCCUUCUCUCUGUGUAACUUGCCAUACGCUAUUAGAUAACAGUCAAUAUUUCCUUUGUUAGAGAAAGUUAGACAGGAACAAAUGUGGACCAGAAAUGUGAGGAUGAGCUGUUAAUGCCACCGUCACAUAAAAGCUGUGUGAGGAACGGUUAUGGUGAGGGCCGAAGAAGUAACACAAGCAGCUAAGAAAAUUAAAAUAUCCAUAAUCCAGUUUGCCGUUAUCACAGGGCUCUGAUGUUUGACCAGGCUCUUUUUGCUGUCACUUUUAAUCUGAUGAAAAACAAAAGUUCUUUGUUUAUAAUCAGCUGUUUAGUCAUGUUUCUUCAGCCAUGUGGCUGAGUGUGGUGACCAUUAGAACAACUUAAACCUGGAUCUGUGUAGAGGGAGACGGUGCUCACAAAAACACAAAAAAUCAUCAAUAAAAAAACAUCAUGUUGACAGUUUUAUGUUAGCUCACUUUUCCACUUCUUAUUGUUAGACACACAUCUGUAAUAUAGCCUGCAUUUCAGGUGAACAAAGAGAAGUCUCAUCAAAAAGCAUUUUUUUAAAAUAUGAAUUUAAUGACAUUAAUUAAAUAAACUCGUAACGAUAAGGACUUUAGGUGGCCAGUUUUAUAGUAAUUUACAGGCGUUUUUUAGGCUCCGUCUACACAUAAAAAGAUAUUUUUUUCAAGUGGAAAUCUUUCCCCCUACGUGUAAAAAAUAAUUCUGUCCACACAACCUUCAUUUUACAAAAUAUCUCUUUAUGCACUAGAACGCCAAAACGACUCCAAACACUCGCCAGCAUUAGCUGUCUUCUGCAGUCUCCCUUCGUUGCCAAGGCAGUAAAGUCUACAAGCUAAAGUUACUUUUUACCAAACACCGACUGGAGGUCUCAUUACUGUUGAUUACUCUUCUCUUUACGAACGAAGGAGCUUACUGUAAGAUUUGAGUGAUGCUCUGGACGUGCUAAAGUCUUCCUUCGACAACCACAAACAUUGAAGUGGACCAAAUAACACUGGGCGCAGCAAGUUUAAGUGUAAAGUAGUCAUUACACCAAGCAUGCUAACAAAACAUAAACAAAAAGUCCAGCGUCGUUAUUGUUUCUGGCGCAUGGUCAUUACACAAAGCAACAGUUGACAUGCACCCACUAAGAAGAUGACAUCAUUAUUUCCCCAACGCUCCAUUUUAAAUGUCCACAAGUACAAAGUAACUGGAGCUUUUGAAAAUUGGCACCUUAUUAGACAUUUUUUUGAAAACUUUGUGGGCGAGAAGCCGAAACAGAGAUGGAAAAAUACUUUUUUUUUCUGAAUGUGUGUAGACAGGGCCUGAAAGUCGAAGUGGCCUGUUAAAUUUAAAGGAGCAGUGUGCGACAUUCAGAGCAUAUCUGGGAUUCAGAGUCUUUGGCAGGAUUGCGUGCUCAUGGUUCUCCACAUGGAGGUGACUGAGCAGGCAGCUAGUAGCAAACACUGCUAACUCAGUAUAUAGUGCUAACAAUAGCAACUGUGCUUACAGAUCUAAUGGUGUUAAUCGGGGGGAAACCGGAGGGUGAGCGCUACACUUCCACGCAGAUUCACUUACAAGGACUCACAUGAACUAACAUGCACGACAUCAUUAUUCCACUAUAUCUUUCCAUAGCAGAUAGUGGUCUGCUGCUAUAUUAAGUGUUGCAAACAGUGACUUAAUGUGCAUUGUUUAGUGGCAAGAAAUGGAAAGCUGAGCUUACAGGAAGCUGUCUGACAUUUUACAAUCAAAUAAAAAAACAAUUUCAUUGUUACAGCAGGAUCGCAUGGCUGACUGAUCACAGCUUUAACAGGUGGAGACAGUCGAGGGAUUUUUUUUUUUAUAUAUCAUUGUUUAUGUCAUUUCUAAAGCCGAAUAAGAAUGCCAAAAUGUGUAAUGUAGAUGAGGGUAUAAUCUAAUGUAAAAUGGCAACUUGUCACAGCUGAGGAGUGCUGCAGUUUAAGUGUAGUUGAUCUCUAACAUCACACGCUCUGUAUCAAACAUCAGUAUUAUAAGUAAGGGGUAUUUUCUCAGCCUUCUUAAACAUUGUAUAUUGUAAAUUAUACAGAUUAUAAUUCUAACAUAAGACAUUUUAUUGGAAACAAAAUCGAGAAAAAAAAGGAAAAAAAUGUAGUUCAGCCUCGAUGUGUGUUUCAUGUUCGCUGUUUUUUCUAUCAAGAAAAAACCCUGUUUCUUUAGUUUUAUCUGUUUCUUUGUUUUCAAGUCUUUCUGUUUGAUCCUUUCCUCCUUUGUUGAGUCUUCUAAGGCGUUGCUGUGUACUUUUUCUUGUGGUGAUUCCCGUUCUUGUGCCGUGUGCUUCUUCUUUAGACAACACAGAGUAGAGUAGAGGCCAUGUUGUCUGUCUGUCGGAUCAGUCCGCUGGGGGUCUGGGCACCGGAUUCUCUCUCAAUGAACCGAACCGGAUAUAAGGCUCUUCUUCUAGAAACUUAACUAGACCACCAAGAUCAAAUUACAGUACUCAUCUUUACCAAACUAUACAUAAAUAAUUAAAUAUUUAGUAUCUAAAUGAAGAAACACCAUACAAGUAUUUAAAAAGGGAUCAUUUGUGUAACUUUCCUGUAGAAUAAACAAUAUACUGUAUAUCUUUAGGUUUAAAUAACGAUGAAAUGAAAAGGACAUUUGAGUAAUUCAGAACUGUAGGUGACUCUUUUUUGAUAAACUCGCUGUACAUAACUGCCUUCCAUACAGCUCGGCUCAAUCAUCUUUACUGUUUCAGCAGUCAAAAAGAGAAAAUACGAAGAUGAAAAACUUUUUCUUUCCCUCCAUCGUUGUGUCCUGUUUUCAGCUCAUUUCCAGGAAGAUAUCUUGUUUUACCACAAAGAGUAAUGAUCGGACAGGUGAAGGUUAGGAUUAAAGGUUUUUGUGGGUUGAUGGGAAAUGUAAAAAAAAAAAAAGAAAGAAAAAGAAAAAAAAAAGCUCGACAUGUUUAGUUUGCACUUGCUGUUUCUCUUCUUCUCUUCACCAUGCACUCAUUACAUUGUGGGACACGUUUCUGCUUCGGCCCCAGAAUUAAGAACUCAAGAUUUAAAACUCAAAGUCUCCUUUAAUGAACGCGUUACUGUGCUUGUGGUACCUCUUUAUACACAGUUAGAUUUAUAGAUUUUCUGCUACAAAUAGCAUCAAUUCAAACAACACAUCGAAGGUCUUAAACAUUAACAUGUCAUUUUUUUUCUUAAAAAGAAAUAUACACACUAAUUAUUUCACAGGUGCAUAAAAUAAAUUUGCAGGUAAAGUCCCUGAUGACAGUUGCUUUUCCUGUUUUGAUUGUACCUUAAAACAUUGUCUCAUGGUCAGAACGAUGGUAUUCCUUAUCAUCCACUGUACAAUGAUCGACAAAUAACCUAUGGAAGAAAAGUGCUCUUUUCUCACUAUUAUUUUUCUUUCUUAUGUUACUGUUUUUAUUUAUUUGUAAGUUGUCAAACCAAACCUGUGUACUUCUGAGCAAUUUGACGCAAUGAAAGAUGUUACACGUCUCCCUGAGGUGAUUAAGGCUGAGCUGGAUUUGGUUAAUAGCCUUUUUUUCAAAGAAUCAAGUUUCUAAAUUAGCAAAUGCUGAUAUGUCUUUCUGAAUUUUCCUAAAUAACAAAUUACCAGUGUCAAACGAGUAAUUUAUUGUAAAUGAUGGUCCUGGCAGGAAAUGGUUCGCCGUAUGCCACCUUGUUUUGCUAGUAAAAAAAAAACAAUAAAUCUACCAGCUAUAAUCAGGAGGGAGAUUGUGUGAUUCUUUCGGAGGUUUUGAUAUAACUUGCUGCUCAUAGUUAUUAUUUAGAUGUACAAAAUGAAGGCGUUUUCAUACAUUUUUUUUGCUAGUUAAAAGGCAAUAUUUGGAUGACUGUGCAAUGAUGAGACAAGAGUUGCACUUGUUUGUUUUGUGUUACACGUCUAAAUGGUGUUGAAGCUUUUAAAAUGAUUCUGCAGUUAGUGUUAAAACCACAUAAGAGACAACAAACCAAACUGGUAUUUUCUAAGAGGAGCGUUGAAAGAAGGACUGACUGGGUUUUUGCAGAGCCAUCGAUAGAAAGAGUUUGACCUGGUUGCACUUUAGGCACCAUGUUACCGCCCUCAUCUGGAACUUAGAUCCAUUAGCUGCGAAUACUCUAUGUAACAAUAGUUUAGCUGGAACAGAGGGAUGAGUUAUUUAGGCGUAAGGACAAAGCGGGAUUGUCCAUCUUCCAUGGCUGCCCCUGAAAUCUGCUAAGGCCAAACUGUGUCUAUCUACAGCUCUACAGUGUUUAGUCAUUUAGUUGUAUUUAAUCCCCAAAUGUAACUGCCACUUGUGCUGCAGCUAACCCUGCAGUCUGAAUUUGCAAAUGUGAAGAAAAUAUUUAAGGGAGAGAGAACGAUGACACAUUUGGAUACGAAGGAUAUUUAAAGGUUAAAAAGACCCCGUCGUGGUGGAGAAGAGUUGUGUACGAGAGAAGACCCUGUAGUGUUAAUUAAAAAACAUGUCCGUAGAUUUUAGAUGUGCUUCACAUCAGUAAAUGAAAAAAAAAAAGAAACAAUAACCUGUAUAUUUUUGUGACGUGUAUCAUACAAGUGUGCUCCAACAAUAAUGUCCAUUUGUGUAAAUGUAUUUAUUUCACAUUGUAUAUAUUGUUCAAUGCAAAAAGAGAGACCUAUGAUUCUGUAACUUAAACUACUAUGGGUUGAAACAUUACAUGUGUUACUCCAGACUAUGCCUUUCAGGAUUAUUACAGUAGAGCAAUAUCAAUUAAAACCAGGCUUCCAGUUUUGA